GAUAUUGUUCGUAUCGUACAGCACUGGCUCCUAUCGGAAAGCGAACGGUGAUUGGUCGCGCGGACCCCGGAGUAGAAUGAGGCAUUGGAACGGGACGUCUGGCAAUCGAAUAAAAGGGAAGGGAGGAGUGAUUUCGCGCGUUGAACGGAUUCCGAAUAAUUUCGAAGAGGUUCGCGAGCCGCAGCUUGGUCGUGGCCGAUUGAUCGAGCACAGAAACGAGCAGACGAGUCCGUCCGUGAAGGCUUGACGAGAUGUCCGUGAUGGGAAAGGCGGUUCUAUACUCCUAUUGGCGGAGCUCUUGUUCUUGGAGAGUGCGAAUCGCCCUAAACUUGAAGGAAAUUCCAUACGAUAUAAAACCGGUGAGCCUGAUCAAGAACGGAGGAGAACAACAUUCCAAUGAGUUCCGCGAGAUCAAUCCGAUGGAGCAGGUGCCCGCACUUCACAUCGACAAUCACACCCUAAUAGAGUCUCUGAAUAUCUUGCAAUAUCUGGAAGAAACCAGGCCACACCGACCUUUGAUGCCUGCGGAUCCGGUGAAAAGAGCCAGAGUCAGAGAGAUUUGCGAGGUUUUAGCCAGCGGUAUUCAACCACUGCAGAAUUUGAUCGUGCUGAUCUACGUUGGGGAAGAACGUAAGAAGGAAUGGGCACAGCACUGGAUUACCAGAGGGUUUACAGCUGUGGAAAAGUUACUGUCGUCGAGUGCAGGAAAGUAUUGCGUGGGUGACGAAAUCACACUUGCAGACUGUUGCCUGAUACCACAAAUAUUCAACGCGAGGAGGUUUCUCGUCGAUCUGAGACCUUUCCCGACAAUUUUAAGGGUAGACCGUCAUUUAGAGAAUCAUCCAGCCUUUACUGCCGCUCACCCAAAUAAUCAGCCUGAUUGUCCUCCAGAGGCGACCAAGUAGCAAGCAAGGCAGACCACUCUCUUCCUCUUCUAAAUUUUUUAGAAUUGGCGGGGUACAGUGGUCUAUGUUUGAUAGUUCUAUAGUGACAAAAGGUGGUGCAAUUUGAUUUUUUAUUGAAAAUAAUAACGUGUAACAUUAUGUUGGAGGUCGACGACGACCAGCGUCGACGUUUUUUUUGUAAAAUUGAGGUGCAACCUUUUAAUAACCGCAUUUUAAUAUCAUUCGAGCGAUCAAUGAAAUUGUUGUCCGACAUGCAUCACGAUAUUUGAAAUAUUCGACCGGGAUUGUCUGUUUGUUCGUUUGUAGUAGAACGGAUCGUACACCUUUUAUCACUUGCGAACUACAUUUAGGUACGAAAAUGGCGAACAGCGGGGAGCAGAGUGUGUACUUGCGACUCUCUAUAAUUAACUUUCAAUUAUGAAAUAAAACACAGCGAGAGAGAGAGGAGAGGAGAACGCUGCGCCAUUUCCGUUACUUAAACUCAGACGAUAGGAAUGUUGGCCUAUUUUUAAUUUUCUUUUUUGUUAUGUUUUUCCAUUGGUUCGUACGCACAAUCAAAAUUACCAAGAGAAUUCGUCUUCUUCGUACCGGUACUUAACGCGAUUACUUUUGUAAAGUGUAUCGACCUAUUCUAAAUAGGUUCUGUUGUCUGAAAUCAAAAGUUUACUUUUUAUACUUACGAUAAUAUAAUUUUUCGAAUUACUUUUAGCUUACAUAGACUAAGGAGAGAAGAAGUGUUGUUAUUAAAAUAAUAUUAGAUAAUAACUGGACAUUCAUUGUCGAGGUGUACAACAGAUGUAAGCAGAUCUGAACAUCGCGAAACAAGAAAGAGAGAGAAACAAAAAAAAAGAAAGAAAAAAGAAAAAAAGAAAUAUAAAGGAAAGAGGAAACGUGCAAAUAAGGGAACGCAAUCUGCUCAAGCUCCAUACAAGAUACCGAGGAAUGAAAAGUACAAAUGAAAUUCCUUUUCUAAAGCUUCUAUUAUAUCCGUUCGGUACGUUUCGUUUCUCCCUGGGGAAAUUCUGUCGAGGUCCACGAGUAAAGCGUUACCGGGGAUUACUAGACACGACAUAACCUUCGAUCGUCACGAGUAUUUUUUAGCUUGAGAAGGAUAGCUCGAAGGUGUGCUCGACGUUGAUGCCCGAUUCCAAAGCUUGCGCUAUAGUCUGUUAAUCGGCUUUUUGAUCGCUUCGCCAUCAUUCCCCCACUUGUUUCUCGAGAAUUUCUUUGAAAGCGAGACUGACGAAAAAAAAAAUAAACUGAUUAACAGUUUAAUAGAGCGCGACGAAUAAGAAGAAGGAUCUGGGGAAGCUACGAUUAAAGCUCGUACUCUGAAAAGUUUUCCGAAUGUAUUCGUUCUUUCGAUCUUGAGCACACUUUCCGGUUCUUUCCGCCGUAUUUUGUUUCGCGAGACAUAAUCUUACGUAGAGAUACAUUCUCCUGUCGUAUCGCCUGUAAUUGUAUAACGUCUAUAUAUAUUUUGUAGUUUUAUACACGGAAAA